GGAUCUAGUCAUUUAUAUCGGGUAAUCAAUUGCUCGAGCGCUUCAACAUGCUAUGAUUGGGUCAUUACGAAUGUCCAUUUCAUUUCAGGAACGGAUCGUAUCGCAGACGCAUUAUACCAUUAACCAAAGUCUAUCACAGACAACAUCAAACAGGUGGACAGUCUUUGCCGAAUAAGAUGUAACGACAGCACACAAAGGUAGACAAAAAUGACAGGAUUAGUGUAAAUAAAAUGGAUUACAUCAAGCAGUUUGAGAUCGAGCUGGAUAAAGAUGUGUACUAUGCUGGCGAAACAUUAUCUGGAUGUGUACUUGUCAAAAAUACAGAAAAUGUGAAAGUACAAGGAAUACGUUUGGUGUUGCGUGGUAAAGCUCAUGUUGAAUGGAGGAUUACCAAAGCUGGUGAAAGAAGAACAGUAAGAGAUGACGAAUAUUACAUCGACGAGAAAAAAGUCAUUUGGGGCAAAGAUAAACAUGAAGAUGGUGGGAUUCCUAUUAUGCCUAGAGGUAACCAUAGAUACAACUUUCAGUUCAAGCUGCCAGAAAGUGCGCUCCCUUCAUCAUUUGAGAGCAAAAUUGGAACGAUCAGAUAUUACAUCCGAAUGACAAUGGAUAUUCCAUAUUCAUCAUCUCCACAAGGAAUAAAGUAUUUCACAAUCGUUGGUCCCCACAUUGAUUGUAUGGAAGAGAAAUAUCUGACUCCAACCAGAGGAAGUGAUAAGAGGAAUUCGUGUUGCCUUUGUUGUAAUCGGGGGCCAGUAAGUCUGCAAGCAGAACUUGAAAGAAGUGCUUAUUGCUGUGGGGAAAAUCUUAGAUUAAAAGCUACAGUUCAGAAUGGAAGUUCACAAGAAGUUUGGUUAUUUUGUAAAUUAGUCCAGAUUGUAGAUUUCUUCAUUAAUAAAGGAGUACUAGGACUAAGUAAGUCUGCAUCACAUCGGGUUUGGGAAUAUAAAGGAGAAAAUGUAUGUCCAGAUCACAGUGAAAAAUUUGACAACCUUCACUGUCUACUCCAAGUUCCAAUCAUGCCACCUACCAUUAUGUUAGAAGUUUGUAGUGUCAUCCAAAUUUCAUAUGAACUACAGGUAUGCUUGAUAAUGGCGGAUAAAGGACAAGUUUUAGAGCUAGACUUUCCCAUUACUGUGGCUACAGCUCCUUACCGUGUCACAAAUGCACCAUUUCCUAUCUUACAAUAUGAUCAUGCAAUUACAAGUGUUGAAGGAGGCAUGUAUGUCAGUUCGGAAUUUCAGCUGGGCCAAGUGUACAUUGGAGAAGGGGAGGAACCCGACGAUGAAGUAAUAUUGUAUCGACCUGUCUAUGUGUGUGUACCUCAUGAGAAAAUCAUGGUUACAAAUAUAGACAGGGAAGGUCAUAUGAGUCGAGCUGGUUCUAGAAUUUCUAUGACUCGACUGAAUGACAGGAAAUUUCAGUUAGACUCUAGAUCGUCCAAAUCGCGGUCUGAAGAAAUUAAACGAGAGGACAGUAUAACUGAUUCUCCAGUUCUAGAAAGGAGUAGGACAUUAUUGAGUCCUGAUAGUGCAAGUAUUGACAGAGGUAGUGACAUUGAAGUUAACAAAACUCCAUCAGAAGAUAUUUCAAGGUCGGAACCGGAAACGCCUGUUAGUAUUUCGGAAACGCCUGUUAGAAUUCCGGAAACGCCUGUUAGUAUUCCGGAAAUUAGUAAAUCAGAGGAAGUGACGUUACAUCUGGAGGACAUGGAUAGUUCCGUAACUGAUCUAAACACUUUUAAAAACUGCAAUGGCACAUCAGUUAAGGCUGAUAUCUGCAAGGAAAGUAGUGAAAAUGUGGUGAACGAUUCUGUUGUUAAUAAAACUGUAUCACAAAUUGCAAAAAAUCCAACAGGAGAAUCGAAUGACAGUACUGAAACGUUAAAUUGCAAAAAAAUGUAUGCAAAUGAUGAACCUGCAAAUAUAAAGUGUGAUCAUACACCAGAUGUGAUCCUUGUUCAGUCAGAUCAAGAAACGACAGAACUGUCAGAGAAUACAUAAACGUAGAUAGAAUGUACAAUUGAUUAAUUUAUGGUUGAAACUUAUAAAUAACAAAACUGGCUUGAUAUUUGAAGAUAGGUCUAUUGGGAUAAUCGUAAUAUAAAUCCACUAUGAAAAACAGUUGUCAACAAUUUUCGAUACAAACACUGAUGGUGAAGAUCCCAGACUCGACAUCAAUUUAAGUGUCAUAUAUAUUCAUUGAUGCCUAUUUGAUACAUUUGAUGUUUUCUAUAUUUCUACUAUCAGAGCAUCUUAAAUAUUGUAGUGUAUUUUUGUAGUGGUCAUUUUUUUCACGAAAAACGUUUUCGUUAUACCAUUAUUUUCUUUACCAUGUGUCAUUAGUCAUAUUCAUUUAAGGAACUAUAACUUUAAGACUCAAAUCAAAACCAAAGAGAGACAACAAGAGCGAUAAUAUAAACAAUUCAAAACCACAUGAAGACAACAUGCUAGGGACAAUAAUUUUAUAAAACUAAAACCUCACAAAGACCUAUGUACGGACUUCUAAUUAAUAAAACUAAAGCCAUGUUAAGACAGCAAGUAAUGAACAAUGAUUUAUUUAAGUAAAAACUAAAAAAAAAAGUUUUAUAAAACUAAAAACCUCAAAAAGACAACAAACAAGAGUCGAUAGUAAAUUAUAAAAACAAAACGAAAACAAUAUACAAGGAACAAUAAUUAAUAAAACUAAAAACCUCUCAAAGACAACAUGCAAGAAAAAAAUUAUUUAUAAAGAUAAAAACAAACACGAAGACAAAAUUCGAGUGAAAAUAUUUAACAACAAAUAAAACCACAUGAAGGCAACAUGCAAGGAGCAAUAUUAAAAAAAAACUCAUUUUAUGUUUAUCGUAAAUUGAAAAAUGAUCCUUUCUGAACAGGAAAAUAGUAAGAAGUUCUGUCUUUGAAGGAUUGUGUAUACAACCAAAGACACAGUUGCCCAUAACAAAUAUACAGGUAAAAAUAAUAUACCAAUUUCAGUAUUUGAUAUUUACAAGUCAAACAGAAGUAGUUACCAAUUUCAAACACUACAAAAAUGAAAGAUUGAAACUGGAAUUGGAAUCCACGUAAAAAUAUUUUUUUUGGAUCACUAUCGCUUUAAAAAAAGUUUGAAUUCUUCACAUGAAAUAUACUAAGAGAAUAAUAUCAUCAAUUGUGUUUACGAUUAUUUUUACAAAAAUAAACUUAGAGAAUUAAAUAUUAUAAAUCGUGUUAAAAAAAUAAUAGAAAGAAAUGCAAUGGCAAAUAUUUUACUGCAUAUACAGAUCAUGUUUAUGUUUCUUUUUUUUAAAUAUUGAAUUAUUAUUGCUUAUUAGAUAUUAUAAACAUUACCUAUCGGUUUGAGAUAGAGUAGUCGUCUUAUCUUUACAUCUACCGAUUGUGUCCUACUCCCUAUUAGGACAUUUUGACUACGUGCAGAUUCACAUGACAGGUGGUGCUUGCAUACCCUGUCGACGUACCCGACCCAGCUCCUUUUAGUUUUCAUGCGAUUUAUUUAGUUUAGUUUUUUACCCUGACUGGAAUGUCCUUAAUGGAUUUGUGAGAUUUUAACAUCGAUAAACUACGGUUGACUUUUGUUUACAUUAAUUCUAUCCUUUAAAUGGUUGUAGUCACAACAAUAACUUUGUUUUAUUUUUAAUGCAAUGAGUAUUGAAAGUUGAUAUUGGAUGUAAGAUAUUUCAGUCAAUAAAAACAACCCCAAAACAACAAAACGCAUGCAUUGUGACACAACACUGUUGGUAUCAUUAUGAAAUUUCAUAAAAUACUUUUAAGAAGUUAUUAAAUAUGUCAAAUAAGUGUUUUCUUUUACCAUAUUUAUUUUUAAAAAUAUUAAUACAUAUAUUCCAGUUCUAAAUAUAUAUAUAAUUUGAAUGCAAAUUAGUAUAAUGUUAUUUGAUAUUAUCUUACAAUCAAAUCCACAAUAUUUAAUAUAGAUUUUAUUUGUGACAUUCCAUUUGUUUGAUUCAUAUUAUAUACACUCAUGUUUACAUUUUAUUACCACUAUACCAUUGCCAAAUUGUAAUGUAAAAAUAUUAUGUUAAUCGAUGAAUUGGGUCGAUUGUCAGGUCCAGUUUGCCGAAACAAACACCUUACAUGUUGUAUCAAUAAAUGCACAAAUGCUUCUC